AGCUUUAAGAGAAGUAGGUAGCUACAUAGCUAGCUAUCCUAGAAUUCUAUGUUUGAUAUCUAACGACAAUUCUAAAGUUAAUUUAACAGCACUAUUUUGGUCAGUUCUGUCUCCCAAGUUGCUGGACAGCUAAGAAUAAUAACAGAUUGGUCGCUAGAGUUUACAAAUUUGAGCAAUCCAAUAGACAGAUAGCUAGGUUAGCCAACUAGCUCUACCUUAAGUUGAAAUGAAGAUAAAACGCCAAAAACUCGCAAAGAAAACGAUCAGUUUUUAUAAGUAUAAUUUUGGUUUUCGGGAACCAUUUCAAAUACUGGUCGAUGGAACAUUCUGCCAGGCAGCGUUGAAAAAUAAGAUCCAAAUCAAAGAGCAAAUGCCCAAGUAUUUUAUGGGAGAGGUUCAGCUUUGUUCCACAAAAUGCGCUCUGAAUGAACUGGAGACUCUUUCAAAAGAGUUAUACGGGGCAAAGCUGAUCUUGCAACGAUUUCAGAUACGGAAAUGUAAACAUGCCAAGGAGCCGGUGCCAGCAUCUCAGUGCUUAUUGUCAUUGCUCGGAGACACAAAUCCCCAUCACUACUUUGUUGCAACACAAGACAGAGAGUUGACAGCAGCUCUAAUGGAGAUCCCUGGUGUUCCUCUGCUCUAUAUUAUCCUCAACACCAUGGUGUUGGACAAGCCCUCAGCAUGCUCGCUCAAGCACGUGGAAGCAGUACAGCUGGGUGAACUGGUGAGCUCCACUCAGCAGCAGAGCAUCCAGACCCUGAAAGCCGAGCAGGGCCUCAGCAAGGUGAGGGAGGAGGGGCAGGGCAAAAAGCGCAAGAGAAAACGUGGCAACCCAAAUCCUCUAAGCUGCCUGAAAAAGAAGAAGCAGCGAAUGCCACAACAGCCCAAGAAGGCAGACGGAGAGAAAAAGAAGAGGAGCAGGCACAGGAGGCAUAGGCCUGUUGGUCUGAACGUCGGUGCGAACCCAGACACCGGCAGUGCUCCCUCAUGACCCAUGUUCUUCUCAUGAACCCCAUGCAAAAGCUUUGACGUUUAGACAUGGUUUAUAAAAACCCAAUUUAUUUAGAAGCUGCCAAUUUUUCUAUGAAGUCAUUUGUUAAAGGUUUGAUGUUAUAAUAACAG